AUGACGAUUGUAUGCCGGAUUUACUAUGAAUCAGACACAAAAACCAACGCUACAAGCAAUUUUACUUCAUUAUUGUCUUCAUCAUCAAAAAAUAAUGUAAUUUCGUAUAAUGGAGAACCACCAGAUCUAAACUGUAAUAUUCCUCAAGUACACGCGAUCACUUCUCAAUUAAUGCUGGUAGUGAAUCUAUGUGUGGCUUUACCUGGCAAGUUUACAUCAAUUUUCGUCCUAGGUGCACUAGGAUCCUUAUCCGACAGAAAAGGUCGUCGAAUUUCAUUAUUACUGGCGACUGCAGGGAUCUGCUUCAAUUAUAUAGUUACUAUAAUAAUUGCGGAACACGACAUUAGCCCGAUAUUUUUUGCGGUAGGUGCUUUGGUGGAAGGUUUCACUGGAGGUUUAAUGUCAUUGAUGACUAUAAGCCAAGCAUAUAUCACUGAUUGCACAACACCAGAUCGAAGGGGUGUAAUGUUCGGAUGGUUACAGGGUGCAAUCCUACUCGGCAUGUCAAUUGGACCACUAAUUGGCGGAUGGAUAAUAUCAAUCACGAACAAUAUUUUAUCUGUUUUCUACAUUGCAACCAUAAUAUUCCUGGUGUUCUUUCUCUUCAUUUUAAUAAUCCUCCCUGAAUCGCUGUCACUCGAAAAACUCAACUCAAACGCUCAAUUACAACUCUCCAAAAAGAAACCACAAAAUUUGUGGGAACAAAUUUACAUCGUAUUCGAACCAUUAAGCAUUUUGUUGCCAAAAUCGUUUACUUCAACAAGAAACAACAAAAAUGACGACAAAAACGAACAUAGAAAUGAAAAGAUGAUUUUUCUUUUGGCAAAUGUCAAUGCGAUGAUCGCUGCAGCGAGUUUUGGAUUUCAAGCAGUUUUUGUUUUAUAUACGAAAUACAAAUUUGAUUGGGGGACAUUAGAGAUAGGCUAUUAUAUAUUUUGGUUGGGGGAAAGUAGAGCAUUACUGCUGUUCUUUGGAUUACCUUUAUUGGUAAAAUGCUUUAUUAAGGAUCGAGGAACAAAUGCUAAUGAUGUUCGGUCACAAAGAAUGUUACUUGACAUAUGGAUCAUCAGAAUCGGAUUAAUCAUCGAGUUUCUUACUUUUGUUGCUCUUGGGAAAGCUACAAUCGGAAGAGAUUUCACAAUAGCCGGAGUAAUAGAAUCGUUCAGCGUAAUUGCAAUCCCCACACUCAGAUCAUUACUCACAAAUGCAGUACCAGCAUAUCAAGUAGGACAACUACUAGGCGCACUAAGUGUCAUCGACUCCAUAAUGCGAAUAGUAUUCCCGAUUAUUAUGAAUAUACUGUAUAGUUUAGUGGUGGCAAGUGCACCGCAUGUUAUUUGGUCCGUUCUUUCUGGGAUUUUUGCUGUUGCAGCGGUUCUUUCUUUUUUUGUUGUGGUCGAGAAUAAAUGA